AUCUCGUAAAAUAGUGACACAAAAAAAGUCAUAAAAAAAAUUAAAAUGAGAAAAAAUAGAAAAAAGAAGAAGGGGACGGCCAGGGGCAGACUGAACUCCAACCAGUGUUUCUUCACCAAAUUCCUCCACCCCUCUCUCUCUCCUCGAAUCCAGUUUCUAGGGUUUCUGCUUCUCUAUCUAAAUUCCUGCAUACCGGAGUCAAAUUCAUCUGCAACUCGGGGGUGACGAUUAAUUAUUAUAAUCUUUUUAUUUGGCUGAAAUUUUCAAGAGAAGUCACUCAAUCUAGCUGCUCAGCUGCGAGAAAGGGAUGGCGAAGACGAAGCCCGGAAAAAAGGACCUCGAUUCUUACAAUAUCAAGGGCACCAACAAAGUCGUGAGACCGGGAGAUUGUGUGUUAAUGAGACCAUCUGACUCAGACAAGGCCCCGUACGUGGCCAAAGUGGAGAAUAUCGAAGCUGACCAUAGGAACAAUGUGAAAGUACGUGUGAGGUGGUACUACCGCCCUGAGGAAUCCAUCGGGGGUCGCAGGCAGUUCCAUGGUGCAAAGGAGCUCUUCUUGUCCGAUCACUUUGAUGUGCAGAGUGCUCACACUAUCGAAGGCAAGUGCAUUGUGCAUUCCUUCAAGAACUACACCAAGCUCGAAAAUGUUGGCACAGAGGAUUACUUUUGUAGGUUUGAGUACAAGGCUGCGACUGGAGGGUUUACUCCUGACCGUGUGGCUGUGUAUUGCAAAUGUGAGAUGCCUUAUAACCCCGAUGAUCUCAUGGUGCAAUGUGAGGGAUGCAAGGACUGGUUUCAUCCUUCGUGUAUGGGCAUGGCCAUUGAAGAAGCGAAGAAAUUAGACCAUUUCUUAUGCUCUGAUUGUUCAUCAGAUGACGAUGCCAAAAGGUCAUUGAACUCUUUUCCGGUCUCAACUGCUGAUGAGGGAAAGGUAAGAGAUGCUUCUCCAUUUUCGAAUAUGUUUAUAAUACGACAAUGGUCAUGUGAUUACCUGGAUUUAUUCUGUUCAAUUUGGGUGUAGAACAUGGUAGGUAGAUAAUUUUUUACUUGAUGCCGAAUAUUUUACAUAGAACAUUUAUGAAAAUAGACUAGUGAGGUAAAAAGGCAAGGGAGGAGUGGUUUUAGUGGCGCUGAGCUUUUACAUUGUCAGUUUACAUUAAAGAAGUUAUAGUGUGUUUCCGAAACCAUUUUGACUAUUUUCAGACCUCAGCUACUUGUUAGUCCGAUACUUAAAAUCGGGCCCACUUGAAACAUUCCUUCCAUGAAAAGUUAAGACCCAUCUCUAAAACCACUUUUAGCGAUAUAUGAAUGUUUCUGCAUCUCUAUUGUGCUAUUCACUGUGAACGGCAAAAAUAACGAGCUUGCAAUUUGUGCACAAUGUGAAUUAGCCUCUCCACACUCAUGGCUGCCAUCCUAUCAGUUUUCUUAUUUCUUGAAGUUUAACUUGCCCACACUGAGCCAUUUUUGCAUUCCCGUUUGAUUACUAGGUCGAGCCAAAGCGCAGAAAGAGGUGACACAUUCGUCCCCGUUGCAUCACGAGGUUGUACCCUUUUCUUGCAUAGCAGCACAUAGUAGCUCUAGUAUUAUUGUUGUAUCAUGGAAUUGUACAGUGCAGAGAGAUGCUGAACAUAAAGAAAGCCCGAGGCUUUUCCCCACUAUCUAUGGCUACUUUUGUUAAUCUGUUUACCACUUCUGCACUGACUAAGAUAUUAACUAUUGCACGACUACGAAUGGGAAUGGAGCGUGACAGUCACGAAAACA